AUGGGUUGGGAAUGGGGCAACGAAGUGCUGGACGCACUGAUGGAGGAGUUAGCAAAGCAAGCAAAAUCGGCUAUGGAGACUGGUAUCGCCACCAAAUAUGGAACCUUCUUCUUAUGCUUUAUAAGUCUGGAAGGUGACCUCCCUGCUCAGGCAAAGGUUUUUCAUUGCAAGCGAAAUUUCUUGCGUGUUCCGAAUGCCAUGUGUCCAUGGUGUUUGGCCGAUGGGAACACGGUCCCAUUCACUGAUGUUCGUGCUUCAGCUUCUUGGAGGGCUACAGUGGGUCAGGAGGUCCCAGGGGUUAGUGAGCCGCCAUUGGCUGGUUUGAGCAGGAACGGCGAGGCCACCUUUUUGGCGAAAGAUGUUUUUCACCUCGUCAAUUUGGGAAUUGGUCGUACGUUCUUGUCAUCUGCAAUUUGCUUCUUGAUAUAUCUGGGUCAUUUUAUUCCCAAGGACCAGGCUCUCGGGCGAGGCAUUCCUGUGAGGAUUAAUGAAGCCUACAACGAUUUCAAGCACUUCUGCAAGCACGUCUUGAAGAAGACCCCAAUGGUUAAGAGCUGGUCGAGAGAGAAUCUCGGUUGGAAAGGCCCGGAAAGCAUGCCUUCCAAUAGCUUCAAGGCUUCGGACACGUACUUGAUGCUCUCGUGGCUCGUGGACUAUCUGGGGCGACCUUUUCACCACAACAAGUACAUCAAGAACAUGUCUGCUUGUGCUCAUGGCCUCGAUGAUUUCUUGCGGACAUGUACUAAAGCCGACCGGGUCUUCAUGACUCCAACCGAAGCACGACGUGCGUUGGAUAGCUUGGAUCAGUUUCUGAUCAACUACAUUCGACUCGCGUUUGAUACCAACAACGACGGUCUGGUUUUCUUCAACAUCACUCCCAAGGCUCACUAUCUGGAUCAUGUCCGUGAAGAUCUAAAGAAGCAGCUGUCAAGCCAGCAACGUAUCCUGAAUCCGAUGGUGUUCUCGACUGCCAUGGCCGAGGAUUAUGUCGGCAG